AUGUCAUUGGCAGUAACAAUUGAAACUGCAAUGUGUAUAAUUUUUCCGUUGCGUUUCCGAAUAAUUUGUACGAAACGACUCAGUUUCUCCAUCUUUUUAGUUGCAUUAAUCCUCAGUUUUUGUCUUCACAUUGCUUUUAUCAGUUUUUAUGAUGUACGGCAAACUGUAUUUAUAUCGAUAAGUGAAAAAAAUCUUGGCGCAAUAUUCAGUCAGCGCCGUAAAUGUGUGGUUCGAAUCACAACUGCAACAACUUUGUCUCAUUUAUUUCUUGAAGGUCCAGCUUCAUUAACCUUUGCAGUAGCAGCAUUAAAAGGUGAUGGGAAUGCGAACACAUUGACUUGUAUGCUAAAUCACGGCAACAAUUUAUUAUCAAUGGUUAAUGCUACAAUUCCGUUCUUUUUGUAUUUAUUAUGUAGUCAAAGAUUUAGAAGUAUGACUUUUACCUAUAUUCAAUCAAAAUUUUCCCAAAAAAAGUGUUGUCAGGCGACGGUAGUUGAGCAAAAAAUUGUAAAAUCAGAAAUUAUCGAUGCUGAUUUAUACGUUGGUCUUAUGCCAGUAAAAAACUGCAAAGAUAGUUUUGAUUUAAAUUUACUGAGAAAGUCGAGAAGUCUAACUUAA